CUGAGCGAGUCUCAGGGGCCGACGGCAGUUGCGAUUUGCAUUUUGUUUGCAGUCAUUACGUUUAUCGUUAUAUCUCUGCGUCUCUUUUCUCGGAUUUUUAUUAUUCACAGCACUGGACUUGAUGAUGAUACCCAGCUUCUGUCUUGGGCAUUCAUAAUUGUGACAAUUCUAGCUGUUCAUCAUGGACUUGGAGAUCAUAUUCAGAAAGUAGAGGCAAUGGGGGGCCCGAAUUUUAUAGCCUACGCCAAGAUUGUAUGGAUGUCAUCCAUUUUCUACAACAGUUGUCUCGGCUUCAUAAAGCUGUCAGUUCUAGCUCUCUACUCGCGGCUGGGUGAUACGACGCUCCAGAAAAUGGCCUUCAUCAUGAUGGCGGUUGUGGGAUGCCAAUGUUCUGCCAACGUCUUGACCUGUAUCUUCCAAUGCAGCCCAAUUCGGGGUGCUUGGGAUACGUCACUAAAACCUAAAUGUGUCAACAUCAAUGCUUUCUAUUUAUCGAAUGCGGCGCUGAAUAUCCUGACUGACCUGAUCACCUAUGCCAUGCCUAUCAGAAUGGUUCUUGGUCUUCAAACGCCAACCAAACAGAAGUUUGCAAUCGGUAUUAUGUUCUGCCUAGGUUUCUUUGCCUGUAUCUCCUCUAUCGUCCGCAUAACCUUCGUCCCGGCCAUGCUCACAAGUCCCGACGCCACCUGGGCCAUUGCCAAGCCUAUGUACUGGUCCGUGAUUGAGACAAACGUGGGCAUUCUCGCCGCCUCUAUUCCCUCCUUUAAGCCAAUUGCCCGCCGCUACCUACCCCGUCUCAUUGGGGAAUACAGCUCGGGCCGCAACUAC